UUUAAACUUGAGCCAAACAUAGCCAGUAUUUGUUUAUCUCAGGCCUCAUACCAUGUCAUUUUCUGGCAGACAGAUUCAGAUCAAGAUUCAGCGUGCAUUUCAUUUUAUUGGUGUCCUUCCUGAAUUAAUCCACCUCUAUACCAUCAUUAUGAUGCCACAGGAAUAGAUAUUAAUCAACCGUAAAAUAGCAAAGUAAAAAAGAAAUUAGGCUACAGUAUUUCACACCUCACAAGGAAUAGUCAAUUUUAUUACAGUCAGCCUUGAAAAUGCAUUUGUAAGGAUGUCUGUGACCAAAUCAAUUUCUUCUCCUCUGUCAGCCAUUGUGAGUUAAAAUAUAUAUAUUUUAUUUAGUUUGUGCGGUUCACUGCCUCUGACUACUCCAAUUAUCCAAUCAGAGGACAGGAAAUUGCUGACGUAAUCAUAUGCCUGCUAGAUGGCCCCAGUGAUGCCAACUCGAAAUCUGAUUGGUUAAUGGAACAAUUUCAUUGCCACUUAUUUUAAGCGCCGGGCGCCUGCACUAUUGAUUCUGAAGGCCUUAAGGCAAAUUACUUUCACCCUGGCAACACAUGAUUCUCUAACAAACAGGUGUAAAGUAUUAUAUACUGAGAUUACAUGACACUUAGGUUCUUUCAACUAAUUAUGCAACCAGUGCUACUUUACAGAAUUCACAGUGAUAGAGGUGAAAACAUUUGCAAUCUUUUACCAUAAAUUCUUUUUGUUCCUAAAGCCUUUGCUUUUCACUCACUCCAAUAUAGUGGACCUUUUUUUUUUGAUGCAUGAUAUAAAUUCCCAAUUAAGUCCAUUUCAGUUCCAUGUUGUAGCAAUGUAAAAUGUGGAAAUGUUCAAGGGAAUGAAUAGUUAUGCAAAGCAAUGGCACAUAUCUGUUUCUAUGCAUGUAAAUAUUAAUGCACUGGUUCCCUCUGGUGGAGAAAGCAGUUAACUACAUCUGCGUGACGCCUCUUUAAUUUAUGACCCAUAAGUUAUAGUCUAACUCUGCCCUGAUAAACUCUGCAUAAAGUCUGCUGACAGACACCAGACAGUCCACAUCCGAGCACUUUGUUUUGUUUAAAUAUAUCUCACUAUCAAAACUCUCUAAAUGGGAUCAAAUGGAAUAUAGGAUUGAUUACAGCAAGUGUUUUAUUUUCUAAGCUGCUCAGAUCAUUAAAUGUCACAGUGGCCUUUGGACAGACAUUUUGGAAUCAUUAAACCCAGCAGCUCUCUGAGGAAAUGGCGGCAUCAGGCCCUCUUUCAGAAGAAGAUUUUUUGUGUCCUGUGUGUUGUGACACUUUCACAGAUCCUCUUCUGCUCUCAUGCAGUCACAGCAUGUGUAAGAAAUGUCUGCAGAGGUUCUGGGCAACCAAAGAAUCCCGCGAAUGUCCAGUCUGCAGGAGAAAAUCCUCGAGGCAGGAGCCUCCUCUGAACCUGGCGCUGAAGAAGUUGUGUGAAUCAUUCACGAAGAGCCGAAGUUUCAGAUCUUCAGCAUCGUCUGAUGGCCUCUGCAAGCUACACAACGAGAAACUCAAACUCUUUUGUCUGGAAGAUCAGCAGCCUGUGUGUGUGGUGUGUCAGAACUCAAAGAGACACAAAAAUCACAUGUUGUGCCCUGUAGAUGAAGUUCUGUGUGAUGUUACGGAAGAUGUUAGGGCCGCUUUGGAGCCUCUACAAAAGAGACAGAUACUCUUGGAAAAUGCUAAACAAUAUUACAACAAAGUAGCUUUACACAUUGAGAGUCAGGCCCAGAGCACAGAAAGACAGAUAAAGAAGGAGUUUGAGAAGCUUCAUCAGUUUCUAAGAGAUGAGGAAGCAGCAAGGAUCGCUGACCUGAAGCAGGAAGAAGAGCAAAAGAUUCUGAUGAUAAAGAAGAAGAUCAAAGAGACAAAUCAGGAAAUAGCUCAUCUUCAAGACAUAAUAAGAAAAACAGAGGAGGAAAUGACCACUGGAGAUGUAGCAAUCUUACAGGAUGCGGCAUGCACAGUGAAACAAGUUCAAUGCACAACAAAGCAACCAGAGCAAGAGAAAAAUCUGCUAAUCAAUGUUUCUAAACAUAUUUCCAAUCUAAAGUUCAAAGUCUGGGAGAGAAUGCAGGACAUCAUCCAGUACACUUCUGUUAUUCUGGACCCAAACACUGCACACUCUCAGCUCCAUGUGUCUGAUGAUCUCACUGUUGUGGAACACAAAAAGCAGGAAUUGCUGCUUCCUGAUAAUCCGGAGAGAUUUGAUAGUGUUACGUGCGUCCUGGGCUGUGAGGGCUUUAAUGCAGGCUCACACUUCUGGGAUGUCGAGGUCGGGGACAGUACUAUCUGGGAACUGGGUGUGAUCAGAGAGUCUGCUCCAAGAAAGAAGAACUCCUUUUGUAAAGCAGUGUGCAGCAUUAGCUACAGUAAAGGAAGUUACCACACACUCUGUCCAGGACAGGCAGGUGAGAUCUUCAGAGCUAAAUACAAACCGCAGAAGGUCAGAGUGCAUCUGGACUGGAACAAGGGGAAAGUGACAUUUACUGAUCUUCUGAUGAAUUCACCAUUACACACUGUAACACACACUUUUACUGAGAGACUGUUUCCAUUUUUCUAUAACGGCUCUCCAUCUCGGCCUCUGAAGAUCUUACCAAUAAAACAGACAGUGACAUUAAACACUCACCUUUAACACCACAGAACAGAAACCUUCAAUCAUUCGAAACAACAAAGAUUACCAGACACUACAAAAAUGGAUUUUUAAAAAAGUCUUUUAUUGCUGAUAUGGUGAAGUUUUCUGUAAGAAAACGUUCAUUAAACAUUUUAUAGACACACUCACAUCUGAGGUUUUAUAAGAGAAUAAUACUGAGGCAUAAAAAAACAUCACUGAUCAAGACAAUGUUAAAAUGCCUCUUUUCAUGACUAGCUCUUUAUUUAUCACAUAACUGCCCCAAUACCCCAAAUCCAAAAAUUAAUCAGUAAAGCAGAAUAAAGAAAAACAGAACUAAUAUAGUGGCUUUUUAAUGUUUCAGCAAAAUGUCUCUGUAUCAGCAAAGAAGGCAGUACCUGUGGUCACAGCCACCUCUUCAAAAUUUAGCCAGUUCAUCCACAUGCUACUGUCUCAGCGAAACUGAUGUUACUGUAGUCAACAGAUUCGAAAAAGACAAAAAUCUAACUCAGAGAAAAAACUUAACAAUCAAUAUAACAAUGAUAAUAACAAUAACAAUCUCACAGUAACUUAUAAAUUAUAGUUUUGAAAUAACUUUCAAUAUUAGAUUGCAAUGCAGUUUUUUUUUCUUUGUCAUGAAACUCGUUUUAUUAUUAGACAGCAGGCAGUUAGACGGCUGUGAACUCAUUAAAUUUGCAUACAUAGGCUAUACUAUAUAUACAGUACACAGUGUCCUCUGAAAGUAUUGGAACAGCAAGGCCAAUUAUUCGACAUGUGGGUUUAGGAUCAAAAGAUUAAUAUGAGUGUAUGAGACGAACAUGACAGAAGAGAAUUUCUAGCUUUUAUUUCAUUUAUGAUAUUUAGUUUAUUUAGUUUUGUUAAACAACUGAGUUCAGGAUGGGAUGCUGCAUUGUGCCCAGUGUUCACAAGAAUACUGCAAAUCCUCUGCACCAAACAAGAAAAAUUUAGGCAAUUCAUCCAGAUUCUACUGUAUCAGCCAAAUAUGUGUUACUGUAGUUAAUAGAAUCAAAAACAGAAAAGAAUCUAUUAAUAUAAAUAAUUUGAUUGUUUUUAUUGUUUUGAUUUGAUGUGUCUCUUGAUUGUCAUCUGUGUCAGAGUAUUUUCAUGACUGAAUUUUAAAUAAUAUUAAAUCAUUUAUCAUACAGGUAAAUGUACUGAUCUGAGCUCUGUCGCACACACUCAGGGCUGUAGAGCAUUUUUUAGACUUUCUCUGUAUCAGUUUCUCUUUGUCUUGGAUAUUGGUCACUAAGUAUGACCUUGUGUUGAUAGAGAGCUUCUAAAAAGAUUCUAGUGACAGAAAUGAAUUCCAACUCGUUAAACUAUUAUAAUGUUUUGAUUUUUCAAUUUAAAUUUUGUUUCAUCUGCGACAAAUAAAAC